AUGUACCAGAACUCCAAGCUCACCAUGGUGCUGGGCCAUGCCCUCGCGGGGCCCGGGGCUCCAGGAGUGAACUCCCACACCUCGGUCCUGGGCACCAUCUCCCCGGCGCAGAACGCCUUCGAGGCGCGAGAAACGUCUCCGGCGUGGACGGGUCCAACGGAGAAGACGUACACAAUCUUCAGCUUGUUGCUGAAGGAGAUUCAGUACACAAUCUUCAGCUUGUUGCUGAAGGAGAUUCAGUACACAAUCUUCAGCUUGUUGCUGAAGGACUCCUUGGCCACGCUGCGCUUCUGUGAAUCUGUGAAGCAGGUGCGAACGAAACCUGCACUUCCAGCAUCACAGCGGGAAGAUGUGGUCUUGGAGUUGCAGGAAGAGCUUCGACGGCUCGAGCUAGAGCUCUUGCGCGCCAGAUCGGCCUGGUUGCCUAAGGGCCGCGCCAUUGUGGAGCGCCAGCUCGGCGAAGAGCGGCUUUUGGUGUGUGGCCCCAGCCAGAUCCAGGUGCUGAGAGGACAGCUCCUGGGCCGAGACGUGGCUCUCAUCUGCUGCAGCGAGGCCCAUGAGGAUGCAAUCGACUUGACGCGCAAGGAUGCCAUAGUAGACCAGUACGAGGAUUGGAUCCCCCUCCCGAACGAAGCUUCUGCGGGCUUCGAGCCGCGGCGCGCCUGGAAGUCGAAGAAAGGCAUCACUGAAGGCCAGGCCAAGAAAUGGGCAGAGGAUGUCCUCGAUGAAGCGGAGGAGGAGAGCGAGGAGGAGGCCGAUAAGGCGAUCCGCAAGGAGGGCGCUGUGCUGGUCUUCCUGGCAGCAGGCAGCAAAGGAAGCGGCCACCUGUUCCUGCGGUCGGAGGGGACCGCUGCGCUGCCGGACAACGCUGUGGCCUUUCAAUGGGGCGACCUGGACACAGAAGCCCGCAACUUCGCGCAGCGGCGCCGGGCCGGGCAGGACAUGGCGGCGGAGGAGCUGGAUCAGCUGUUGGGAAAGCGCAAAGAAGAUCGACGCAGGGAAGGGCUAGAACUCUUUGACGACUGGCUGAUUCGCCAAGUGCAGACUGGGGACGUGCCUGUGGAGGUGGUUCUGGAAAGCCCUGUGCCUGCGGACCAGGUGGAGCUACACCGCCUGGACCCAGUGGUCGCCUGCGGCGCGCACGCCUGCCUCCGCGCCAUGGAAUUGGACUCUGACUCGGACAGCGAAGACGAGAAUGACGGCGGGAGCGACGCCUUCAUUGACUACCUCCGGCGCAGGCUUGCUGCGGAGGUGCCUUCGCAGCUGCACUUUGUGGACUGCCGUGAGCUAGGAGAGGGCAGCGAGGACAAGACUCUGCGGGACUCCUUCCAACAGCUCUGGGCAAGUGGGCCGCCCCGAAAGGACCCGGAGGAGGAAGAGCUUGAAGCUGCUGAUGAAGCUGAGGAUGAAGAGGAAGGCGAGCCAGGCGAGCCAGGCGAGGGCGCUUCCUCGGCGCCCGUGCCCUCCUUCGAGGCCUUCUUCGGUGCGGCGUCGGAUGUGCUCUACUACCACCCCGAGGUGAAGGUGGACUACGUGCCCUUCCUUUCGAAGUGCGUGCGCUCCCCUGAGGCCUUGCAGCGCUUCUUCGAGCACCUCUUCUUCAGCACGGUGCCAGACGCUUUGGCGGAGCUGCGACUGGAUGUGGAGACCAGGCCGUUCGCGCGGAUCCGGUCCCUCAUCUACCAGCCUGCGUCGCAAAACCCCACGCGCCGACCCCGGGAGCGGCCACGGAUCCCUGUGAAGGUCCUUCCGGAGGAUUGCUUCCUAGGUGACCCGGGGCCGGGGCCCCGGACGUGGCUCUCUGCCUUGUGCGCGAGAGUGGCUGCUGCGGGGGGUGAGCGGCUGGUUGCGGCUGCACGGGAUGCCUACAGGCAGCAGGUGCAAUACUUGCUGGCAGAUCCAAAAAUGGCGGACCAGGACGGUGACUAUUUUGAGGCUUGGCUGCGCGAGUGCCAUCCCAACAUCUAUGAGGAUGUGGAUACAAGCGACCCAGCUGAGCUGAUACGCCGUGAUUGGAUGCCAAGCGAGAGCAAGCCCAAGAGCAAGAAGCAUCGGCACCAGCUUCGGGACAUCACCAUCCCCUGCGUAGAGGACGCCUUCAAAGAGCUGCUGCGCUUUGACCCUGGCAGGGUUUCCACUCGCAGGGAGCGGGUGCUGGGCCAGAUCCUGGUGGAUGUCUAUAUGCUUUGCAUGGUGGACGUGGCCAUCGCGGUGAAGGCGGUGGAGCUGGCGCUGAAGACGGAGGCUGGGCCGCUGGUGCUGGUACUCUAUGCUGGCGGCGACCACAUACGAAAGCAGGUGAUGUUCUUCGAAGCCCAAGGCUUUACUUCGAAAGGCUUGGCGGAGGACGGGCUCUUCGGAAAGGAGGACUACGAGGACGGAGGAAGUGAGAUUGUACUUCCCUCUUGA